UCUUCAGCAUCAUCUUUCAUACCAUGAUCGUAAGGCUGCUUCCAGUUCUGUGGCUGAUUUCUGCCACAAACGCUUCCAAGAAGAUUAUGGAGACUCGACUCGUGAACUUUUACCAAUGCCCGGAUAAACCAAAUAUCCCGGUUGUCUGGAAGGAUAUGGUUGUCAAGAGGAUUAAUGCCAAAGAAUCUAGGUUAUAUGGUGAAAUUACAGUAUCCAAGACCAUCAAAGACAUGAAGUUAUUACUCGAGAUGUACAAGUGUGCUUCGAAAUCGGAGACUCAUACGUGCGAGUAUUACACAUCGUUGAAACUCAGUUCGGUCUGCGACAAAAUAGAAAAGAAGGCGUCACCCUGGUACCAGUACUGGAAUAGAACGGAGUUGCCAAAAACGUGCCCAGUUCACGCGGGAACGUACGCUGUGCAUGGAGUGAAAGUCGGAAUGGAUACAGUUUUCCCACUGUUUGAAGCUUACUGGAAAUUCAAAAACAAAGGGAUGAACGAGAAAGGAAAUCUGUUGAAUUGUUUCUUUAUGGAAAUAGACAUCCACAAAAGAUACAAACUCUAACAAUACGCAA